AUGCAACAAAAUACAAAAUUUCACAAAAAAACAACAUUAACUCUUGGACAAAAGCAAACUACAGCAAAGUUAACAAGUCCAAAAAAAAAAACUUUUAUGCUUUUGCCAGAAACUGAAAAUAAUGCAAAGACAACAAAAUUUUUAGAAACAACUAACAGUGCUAAAGCAGACCAAGAUAUAAACACUCAGACGAGUUGUUUUAUUGAUAAUACUUCUUUUAACUGGACCAACAUUAAAAUAUGA